ACGAACAAUGUAUAAUCGUUUAACACUCUGAAAAAAAAGAGCCGGUUUUCAAUAACGUAACGUAAUAUUUAACGACAUAAUAUAACCUGUAAUAGUGUUACAUUAUUGAAGAACAUAUUUUUUUAUUUACUCAGUAAAUACAUUAUUGUGUUGUUGCCAGUAAAGUGUUAUGAAAUCAGUUGUGCAAAUAUAUAUAAAAACACCUGGCAAGGAGCAAGAUAAGAUCCGAUAAGAGAUAAGACCCAAGAAGCUACAUGUAUAUAUUUCCGACAGCCUGUGAUUAUUGACAAAAGGAUAUCUUUUCCCGGAUUUACCCACUUACUUUAUUGCCUAUGUACAUUUUCGUCCGUUCUAAUGAGGUGCACGCUAUCAAUUGUGCUUAUCGGGCCCAUCGUCUGAACUCUGCUCCUGAGCGACUGUUGACAAAGUGUCAGAGCUUGGCGAGAUAAUUGUUCUCUUUCAGAAUCACGUUUUACCAGAUAAAGAAAGAUGGUUUUAAUGUGUACUGUAUCUAAAAUCAUGAUAAUGCUGUAUCUAUUGUGUUUUGUCUUCAGUAAAAGGCACGACACUAGACCAAGAAAAAUGGUGAUAGAUGCUGAUCCUGGAGGAGAUGAUGCUCUAGCAGUCAUGUUGGCUGUCAUGCACGAGGCUAAAACUCGUGAAAUCGAAAUUCUAGCCAUAACUGCCACAUAUGGCAAUACGAAUUUGACAAACGUAGAAAAGAAUUUAUUAAAAAUCUUAACAGUUGCUAAUAGAAAUAUACCCGUAUACGCUGGACCUCAAAAACCACUAAUAAAUAAAUAUGAAACUGACUAUUACUUUGGCAACGACGGAUUUGGAGAUUUUAAUUUUACCCAAAACAUAACUGCAAAGAUCGACAGAUCGAAACAUGCUUCUGUAGCGCUCGUAGACUUGGUGAGACAAUACCCAGGUGAAAUAACUGUAAUCACUCUUGGACCUUUAACAACAGUUGCUACAGCAAUUGCAUUAGAACCUCAUUUUCUACAUUUAGUCAAGCAACACAUCAUGAUGGGCGCAAGCGUCAAGAGCAAAAGAAUUGAAUUUAAUUUUAAACAAGAUCCAGAAAGUAAUUGGAUUGUGUUGAAUAAUACCAAUAAACCUAGUAUUAUACUUCCAAUAGACACAGUAAACUCUCACGCCUUCUCAAUGGAUGAGUAUAGACGCCUUUUCAAUAAUUUGGAUAAUUCGAUCGCAAGCUUUUUGUACAAAGCUGAAAGAAAGGUUUUAGAAAAAGGAAAUAUAUGGGAGCCAGCGGAUGGUAUCGCCAUGGCAAUUGCGUUACAACCAGACAUGAUAAUGCAAUCUUUUGAAACUAAUUUAACUCCAGUACUUGUUGGUGACGCAAGAGGUUCAGCUUUGAUCAAUUCUGACAGCCGAAUACGUAAUGCAAAAGUUAUAAAAUAUUUCGAUAAAGCUGCAUUUAAACGUUUAUUAUUAAAAACUCUUUCAAAAUAAUUUAUAUUGAGUAUAGUGACUUAAAUUGAUAGAUCAUUAUCGCAUUAUUCUAAAUUAACUUUUAAUUUCUUUCUGUAUUAUAUGUGUAUAUAUUUUAUUUAAUAU